ACUGGCACUUGUUUCGUGCACCAAACAAAGGGGCGUAUCCCUAGCUAGCUAGCCCUAUAUAUAUAUAUAUCAACUGAAAAUGGCCCUACACAAAGCUGCCAGGGACGGUAACUUGAGUGCUUUGCAACAUGCCAUUAAGAGGGGGGAUGAUGUCAACAGUGUGAAUGAGGAUGGGAUCACUCCACUCAUAUUGGCAGCCUUGGGAGGUCACACAGACAGUAUUAGAGAGCUGCUCUCCUCAGGAGCCGUGGUGGACCUGGCUAACAAGGAUGGGUGUACUCCACUCAUGGCGGCAGCCUUUGGAGGUCACACUGACAGUAUUAGAGAGCUGCUCUCCUCAGGAGCCGUGGUGGACCUGGCUGCCAAGGAUGGGUGUACUCCACUCAUGGCGGCAGCCUUUGGAGGUCACACUGACAGUAUUAGAGAGCUGCUCUCCUCAGGAGCCGUGGUGGACCUGGCUGCCAAGGAUGGGCGUACUCCACUCUAUGUGGCAGCCUUUGGAGGUCACACUGACAGUAUUAGAGAGCUGCUCUCCUCAGGAGCCGUGGUGGACCUGGCUGCCAAGGAUGGGUGUACUCCACUCAUGGCGGCAGCCUUUGGAGGUCACACUGACAGUAUUAGAGAGCUGCUCUCCUCAGGAGCCGUGGUGGACCUGGCUGCCAAGGAUGGGCGUACUCCACUCUAUGUGGCAGCCUUUGGAGGUCACACUGACAGUAUUAGAGAGCUGCUCUCCUCAGGAGCCGUGGUGGACCUGGCUGCCAAGGAUGGGUGUACUCCACUCAUGGCGGCAGCCUUUGGAGGUCACACUGACAGUAUUAGAGAGCUGCUCUCCUCAGGAGCCGUGGUGGACCUGGCUGCCAAGGAUGGGCGUACUCCACUCUAUGUGGCAGCCUUUGGAGGUCACACUGACAGUAUUAGAGAGCUGCUCUCCUCAGGAGCCGUGGUGGACCUGGCUGCCAAGGAUGGGCGUACUCCACUCUAUGUGGCAGCCUUUGGAGGUCACACUGACAGUAUUAGAGAGCUGCUCUCCUCAGGAGCCGUGGUGGACCUGGCUGACAAGGUGAGUAUCUGAUACUAAACUGAUGUGUCUAUAGGCAGCAUGUUCGUGACCAUCACAUCAUUUGGUAAUUAUUUGCAGUGCGUACAAUUAUAUGGCUUAUUACGUUUGCCUAUCAUUUUAUGCUUAUUUUGCUUAUCUUGUCUAAGUUGACGAAUUGGGCUACAUAAAUUUCCUUGAUACACUUUUUGUAAAAUAAGAAUUCUUGUGUACUUUUUUGUAAGUUAAUUGUGGAGGAAUGGAGGCUGCAAAAGAUGAAAUAAAGUUAUAGCAUAGCGCAUCACGGAUAGUUGCAUUUUUUGCUCGUUGCCAAUCCCGUUCCUUUAUGGUCUAUCACACAGAUGUGUUGUCAAAGUUACUGUAUGCUCUCACUCUUGUAGGAUGGGUGUACUCCACUCAUGGCGGCAGCCUUUGGAGGUCACACUGACAGUAUUAGAGAGCUGCUCUCCUCAGGAGCCGUGGUGGACCUGGCUGCCAAGGUGAGUAU